AUGAACUUCACUAAACUUGACAAAGAGCCCAAAAGGAGAAGAGUCACAAGAGCCUGCGAUAUCUGCCGACAGAAAAAAGUCAAGUGUGAUGGGAAACAGCCCUGUAUCCAUUGCACUGUGUACUCAUACAAUUGUACGUACGACCAGCCCAACAUCAGAAAUAAGAAAAACAGUGGUAUUCCCUAUCCGCCUUAUUCUCGCAUUGUUGCUAAAAAUGGCGGCUCCAUUCUGAGUGAUCCUGCCAAAAAUGCCACUAGUCUCAUGACUUUUCAAAACAUCAUGGACAUGAUGUUCCCAGGCUUAAAGGUCAAUGUACUUGAUGAUCUGCCCCUCAACUUGAACUUUGAAAAAUUUAAAAGGGUUAUGAGUUUCUUGCAACAGAGCCGGGGCUCCAAUACCACCUUAAAAGACAUUUCCGACUGUUACUUGGACAACUUGGAUGCCGUCCGUAACUUCAGUCCUAGCAAUUCACCCUGGGACUACUCUAGAGAAAGAGAUAAGGAGUCCAUUACCAGUGACGAUAACCCUGUUGGCAGAGAAAUUAAAAUCGACUUACCCUCCAAAGAGAUUGCAGUGCAUUUGAUCCAAACCUGUUGGGACAAGGCGUGUGUACUCUUUCGGUUCUAUCACCGCCCGUCUCUUUUAGAGGAAUUGGAUCUUUUAUACAGCCUCGAUCCGUUGCAUUAUACGGAUAGGCAACAGAAGUUCUUGCCAUUUUUGUAUUCCAUUUUGGCGGUUGGAUGCCUAUUUUCGAGAGAGUCGUAUGGCUCGACCCAGGAUAAUGAUUUGUUGGAAGACGAUGGGUUCAAAUACUUUUUGGAGGCCCGGAAGUUGAUUGACAUCACCAAUGUAGGAGAUAUAAUAUCCAUCCAGACAAUCGUCAUGAUGAUCAUGUAUCUUCAGUGUUCGGCCAGAUUGUCUACCUGCUAUUCUUAUAUUGGAAUUGGGUUGCGUUCUGCUUUGAAGGAGGGUUUACAUCGUAACUUGAUGAUUUUUCAGGAUACCAAGCGGAAGUUGGAUCCUAUCGAAAUCGAUACCAGGAAGAGGCUUUUCUUUACUCUCUACAAAAUGGACAUCUAUAUUAACUCUUUGCUUGGCUUACCCAAAUCCUUGAGUGAAGAUGAGUUUGACCAAAUGCUUCCUGAAGAGUUGGAUGACGAAAAUAUCACGAGACAAGGCUACCAUCACGAAGCCCAACAGGGAAGAUUGUCAUCAGCCGCUUGUGCUAAUCACCACACGAAGUUGAUGUUCAUAAUGUCCCAUAUAAUCACCCAUUUGUACCCGUUGAAAGUCAAAAAAUCUCCCAACUCCAAUAAUGUUAACCAGACCCCUAAUUACAUGCACCAAAAGGUCAGCAAGUUGGAACACGAGAUGAAACAAUGGCUCGACCAGUUGCCCGAGGAAUUGAAACCCUACGAUCCCAAUAACGUCUUGUUGUCCCAUGAUGUCCCUGAAAAAUUCCAGUUGGCUAAUUACUAUUUACACUUGGCAUUCUUGAAUUGUCAGAUCAUGUUGUACAGGCCUUUCAUCCACUUUAUCAGCCAUGGUAAUGAUUCCAAAGCUUCUGAUCCUAGAUCUCUUAUUAGAGGAAGAAACUGUAUCAAGGUUGCUAGAUCAGUGGUAAAGUUGGCAAAUAGAAUGAUUGAUCAAAAUUUGUUAGUGGGAACAUAUUGGUUUUCCAUGUACACGAUCUUUUUUUCUAUUGCCUGUUUGAUAUAUUACUAUCAUUUUGUCAAUUCUUCACACAAUCUCAAUGACUAUAACUCCUCUUCCAACUAUGCGGGUGUGUUAUUUGAUGAUGAUUUGAACUUGGAUAUGAUCAAAAAAGAUAUCGAGGUAGGAAAGAAAGUUUUAGACAACUUGAAGGGAAACUCAAACGCAUCUUUAAGGAUUUACAACAUCUUGAACCAGCUUUUUGAGCAGUUGAACAGACGUACUGCCAGUACAUCUAAAGACAUUUCUAACUUGUUGACCAAUACUCCAGUACUGGAUGUCAACAAGGCACAAAUUUCGAACACCAUUCUGGCGUUUGACUCGAUUAACAACUUCAAGUCUAAGGGUAAGAACUAUGAUCAGACAUCUUUGUUUCAACAGAACUUUAACAAACAGCUUGACCAGUUAAACUUAAGUGAUCCUGGCCGGGACGAUAAUCAAAAUGAAUAUACCCCAUACUCAAUGAAACAAAGUGUUUCCCAGCCCGUUGUUUCUGUUUCUGCUCCAGUCAUUCAGCUGCAAUCUGUUCCAGCUACGGCUUCUGACUCGGCUAUUACGAAAAGUACAAGAGCAUUCACCGGCGAUGAUAUCAGCCUGAUUAUGAAUGAUUACCUGGCAACUACUCUGGUUGGUUCAGGAUCUGGUAGUACUCCGGCUGCAAGCAACUCAGCGAAUCCCACAAACUACCACCAUGAGGAUACACAUACAUACAUUCCUGGAGUAAUGGACACGCUCGACGCUCAGAUUUUUGGAAGAAUUCUUCCUCCAUACAUGCAAGGAGCUGAGGAUUUGAACCUUGAGGACUUAAACGAAUUGAUUGGAGGCUAUGGAAAUAUGGAUAAUUAUAACUUUGAUGACAUGCCCAAAUAG